UCAGAGCUCUUGCUGGAUACUAGAUUCUCUUUCCUCUGCAACAGCUGCUUUGAAAGAUACAAAAGAAUUCAAGUGGCAAACAUGUCCUUCAAAAUUCUCUCCCUCAUUUUGGUCUCUCUUAGCUUUGUGCUGAUGGAUGAAAAUGGCACUAGGGAAAACACGAAGAAUCUCAGAGUACCACAGAGGCGUUAUUCAGAAGGAACACUAGCAAGUGAUUAUAGUCGAACUUUGGACAACAUGUUGAAGAAAAACUUUGUGGAGUGGCUCCUGAACAGAAGAGAGCACCGGAUUGAUAACAGCCUUGAACCAUCCAAAAGAGAAGCUGGACCUCCAGUGCUGGGAUCAAUGAAUCAAGGCACUGUAGCUGGAUCUCAGGAGGCAACAGAUUUACUAAUCUGGAUUUUGCAAAACACAGAGAACCAGAGUACUGUUCCACCAAAGGGUUCAGAUGACUGGAAGGCCAUCUUGAGGCAAGAAUUUCUGUCAUGGCUGAUUUCUGCUGACCUCUGCAGGCCAAUGACCCAGAAGAAGACAGAUUAACUUCUAGUUGGCUCUCCUUUUUAUAUACCUUUUGUUCAUGUGUAUAAUGAUGAUACCACCA